UCUAUAUAUAUUCUUUCUCUCUCUAUAAAUACCCACUACUCCGAGGAAAAAAUAAAACUCCUCUAUUUUAAUCUGCAUUGAUCACUUCUACUGUGCUUUCGUUGAACCGUUUAUGGCAUUGAUAUAACAACAGAGGUUUUUCUAUUGAAUUCAAUAUUCAGUUUUUUCUGAAUUUGGGGGUUUCCAUUUACUGCUGAAAUAUUGGGGUUUUGUUUUGUUGAAUCUUGAUUUUACCCGUUCUUUGUUUGAGAGUGUAAAAAAGGAAAUGAAGGAUGUUUUCCUGGCUGAUAAGGACGGUAUCAGCAUGUUGGCGACCAUUGAGUCGAUAUGUCCCUAUGAGCAAGGAUGAAGAUGAUGUUUUUGUGGGAGGUGAAGAUGAUGUGCUUUUAUGGUGUAGAGACCUUGAGAAACAUUCAUGUGGGGAGUUUUCUUUUGCUGUAGUCCAAGCUAAUUCAGUACUUGAAGAUCAUAGCCAAGUUGAUACUGGUCGUGAAGCUACUUUUGUUGCGAUUUAUGAUGGUCAUGGUGGCCCUGAGGCUUCAAGAUUUGUCCGUGAUCACCUUUUCCUGCAUUUAAUUAGGCUUGCCCGAGAAAAUGGAACAAUAGAUGAAGAAGUGCUUAAAAAUGCGUUCGCUGCAACUGAAGUUGGCUUUCUUUCUCUUGUGAGAAGGGCAUUUGGUAUUACACCAUUAAUUGCAACUAAGGGUUGCUGCUGUCUGGUUGGUGUUAUCUGGAAAAGGACGUUGUAUGUUGCUAACCUUGGCGAUUCUAGAGCAGUAUUAGGUCAUAUAGGGAGAUCAAAUAAAAUUUUUGCUGAGCAAUUGACCAAGGAUCAUAAUGCCAGUAUCGAGGAGGUUAGGAAGGAACUGAUGUCGUUGCACCCAGACGAUUCACGCAUUGUGGUUAAUGUCAAUGGAGCUUGGCGUGUUAAAGGCAUCAUACAGGUAUCUAGAUCAAUUGGAGAUGCAUAUCUGAAGAAGCCAGAGUUUGCUGUUGGUCCAGCUUACCCACGAUUCCAUCUUAAAGAACCACUUAUUCGGCCAGUGCUAAGAGCUGAUCCAUCUGUAUGUUCAAGAAACUUACAACCCGGUGAUAGAUUUCUUAUAUUUGCUUCUGACGGGCUGUGGGAACUCAUAAGCAAUCAAAAGGCUGUCGAGAUUGUGCAUAAUAACCCAAGAGAGGGCAUCGCAAGAAGACUUGUUAUAUCAGCCCUGGAUGAGGCAGCAAGGAGAAGGAAGUUGAAGUAUGAUGACCUUAAGAAGUAUGACAAGGGUGCGAGGAGGGCCUUUCAUGAUGAUAUAACAGUUGUUGUCAUCUUUAUAGAUCAUGAGAUGUUGGAAGGAAAACAAUCUGUGCCCGAACUGUCAGUUCGAGGAUUUAUAGAUACUCAUGGACCAUCAGAUUUCAAUAUCCUCCAAGAGGUUGCUAUGAAGACAAAUUCUCUCAAGUGAAACAAGUUGGCUCUUCUUCUUUUCUUGGGAAGCCUGGGUAGGAGAAGUUUCUGAUGCCCUCCUUUUUGCGUUGUUUUACCAAUUUACAUUUGACAUACAGUCCAGAUGAAUGGCAAGACUAUCAAGUUACAUGCCCACAACCCCAGGUCAUUGGCGACCUACUUUCUCUAAAAUUUUGAUGUACACAAAUUUUCUGUACAAAAACAAGCUGAGGAAACUGCCUUCUGUUGUUUGUUUACCACAUUAUCUGUCAAAGUAAGGCCAUGAAAGUAGGCAAUGUAAUUGAAAAUCGGGUAGUUUCAAUACUCAAAAUGUAAACAAGUCGAAGCUCUCUAAGGUCAACUAUGUUUUGACCUUUGUUUACACUCUGAUUCGUUUUUGUUUCUUACUGUGGAAAGGGUGGUUAA